CCAUCCAGAUCCUGCUGUACAUUCAGAGGAGAAGCAACACAUACAGGGACUCACAGGUUUUUGAAAAUGGACAAAGACCACAGACCCCCUCCUUAUUCCAAUCCUCAGAUGGGCCAGGCACCCAUAAACUACCCUGUACAACAGGCAGCGUACCCACCUCAACCAGGUCCCCAAGCUGUACCUUACCAACCACCUCCAUAUGGGUUUGCGGCUACAACUGUCACUGUCCAGCCCGUGAUAGUCCCUGCAAUUACACAGACGCAGAUCGCGUGUCUCACUGAUGUGCCGGGCCGCAUUAUCUGUCCUCACUGCAUGACGGACGUCGUCACGCAAACCGAAAAUGUCAGUGGAUUGCUUGCUUGGUUAAUCUGCGGAGUCCUUGUGCUCCUCGGGUGCUGGCUCUGUUGUUGCAUCCCGUUCUGUGUGGACUCGUGUCAGGAUGUGCAACACUCCUGUCCGAACUGCAAGAACAUCGUCCGCAUUUACAAACGUAUGUAGCACAUAUGCUGCGCCAGGGAACAUGAAGAUCCACCAAAAUACUGAGAACUCGAAGGAAGUUGCCCAGAAGUAAUUUUUUUUUUUUGUAAAUCUUAUUACAAACGUAUAACAUUUAAAGCGAUUCAAUGCAGAGUGAUUGACGAUAUUAUAAAGUCUAUUUACUUACCUUUAAUUGCGAUAUCUUUUUUGUAUGUUUUUUUGAGCCUGUAUUUGCAAAUUAUUGUUUUGUAAAAAAAAACAUA